AGAGUAAACCUGACACGUCAGCUGCUCAUCUCUCCCUUCCGCCGCCACCGCAGCGAACUACUCAUACGGAUGUUCCAUAGAUUCUGCGACGACACGCCGCCGCAGCCGCCGGAAACUUCGACAAGUUCCGAUUAUUUCUGCGUCGAAGACACUUCAGAAGAAUUUUACUCACAUCACGUCCUGGCUUCCCACGAAAACGCGUUCCGCUUCUUCGCCGGCGUCCUCUCCCGCCGUUUCGGAUGGAAUCCGUACCGCCGGCGUAGUGUUCACCGGGGAAUCGCCCACCGUCUCGCUAACGGCGCCCUGAGACGUCCGUUGAGCAGUAGCUAUUUCGACGCCGGGGUUUUCAUCUCCGUCGAGCUGGAAACGGUUUACGUUGAGGACUUUUACGGCGACGGAGAGGGAAGGGCGGCGGGGUUGCCGGAGAGUGAUAUCAUGCGGCUGGAGUCGGGAAAGUGGGACGGCCGCGGCGUCGCCGGGGAGUCGUGCAGGGUGUGUUUGGAGGGAAUGUUGGACGGAGAAACUGUCGCCAGGUUGACGCCGUCAUGUUCGCAUGCAUUCCACAAGGAUUGCAUUGUUGUGUGGCUGAAGAAAAACCAAACGUGCCCUCUCUGCCGUACCGUCGUCAACUUGCAGAAUAAGACCUGCGUGAGCUUUGCAUUGUCCAUUCGUGAGCUUUGCAGUAGGCAGUGGUGAGCUUUGCGUCAUCUGACCGAAGCAUGUCAUCGCACCGUAAGGUGUCAUCUCACCGGAGUCAAUCCCUUAUUCAACAUAUAAUUAGUACCGCUCGGGCUAUAGUUUAUG